AUGUCUAAUACAACAGUAGAUAAUGAUAAAUCAAGUCAAAUCACCAUUUUACGUAUCAAACGUAAAAGAACCGAAGAACCUCUAGACGCUUUACUAUCAGCCACUGCUCUUCCUACUUUAUUUCGUUUAGCCGAAACUGUUGAACAAAAGAGUUUUUCGAAUUUUGAUGAAGCAAAGAAAUUAAAAGAUCGUAUCUCUAGACGUAUUCAACCUGGUUCAAGUCGACCUCAAACCCCUACUUUAGAGGAUAGAAAAGAUCGUUUAGUAAAAGAACAAAGGUGUUCAAAGUUCUUCAGAACUAGCUACAAAGGAUUUGUUUCAAAUGUAUGA